CUGCCCAAAAGAAAAACGAGGAAGAGGUUUCCAGCGAUAUAUUCCGUGUUGACCUUGCACUGCCACAGGCUGUAGAAAAGAUCGUAAUGGGUUACUGGGAUGUUCCUGAUGGAACAGACUGCGUAGAGAAGACAUGGAUCACCACCAAACUGGGCACAGCUUUGGGUCUGGUUGGUUCAGCCUAUCACAUAGUUGCAUUCCAGCCUGAAUCUGCAUUGGCUGCGGUGCAGAGGGCUACCAGUGCAACGGUUACAAUGGCCUCUAUGGGAGCCAUCUUCGGAAUGGCAACAUGUCUCAGUGCCCAGGCUCGUGAAACCCCAGAAGACCCACUGAAUUAUUUCAUUGGAGGCUGCACCUCAGGGAUCUUUUUGGGAGCCAGGACCCACAGUGCAAUGACUGGUACAUCAGCAUGCUUAGGUCUGGGAACGCUGGCCUUUUUUACAAAAGUUGGCAAAAUGGAAGGAUGGAGGAUUGUUGGACCGCCCAAAUUGUAGGAGGAAGCAAACUUUAAGAUUAAAUAUUGUAAAAAGAUCUAAUGAAAUAAAAUGCUUGUGAAAAUAAA